AUGAAGCUACACAGAAGCAUCUCCUCCUUUGAUGUCAACUGUUGUCGCCUGUUUAACCCCAGUGGAGCCUCUCCCCCGCAGGUGCGAAGGAGGGACCGCUGUGACCUGUGCGGGGACCUGCGACACCCAGCCGGCGCCGGACUCCGGCCUGCUAUGCGACGCUAUGACAACAACAACCCCAAUCACAACAACAGACGCUAUGGCAACAACAACCCCAAUCACAACAACAGAGGCCAUGGCAACAGCCACCCCCAUCACAACAACAGACGCUAUGGCAACAACCACCCCCAUCACAACAACAGAGGCCAUGGCAACAACAACCCCAAUCACAACAACAGAGGCCAUGGCAACAACAACCCCCAUCACAACAACAGAGGCCAUGGCAACAACAACCCCAAUCACAACAACAGAGGCCAUGGCAACAACAACCCCAAUCACAACAACAGAGGCCAUGGCAACAACCACCCCCAUCACAACAACAGAGGCCAUGGCAACAACCACCCCCAUCACAACAACAGACGCUAUGGCAACAACAACCCCAAUCACAACAACAGAGGCCAUGGCAACAACCACCCCCAUCACAACAACAGAGGCCAUGGCAACAACCACCCCCAUCACAACAACAGACGCUAUGGCAACAACAACCCCAAUCACAACAACAGACGCUAUGGCAACAACCACCCCCAUCACAACAACAGAGGCCAUGGCAACAACCACCCCAAUCACAACAACAGACGCUAUGGCAACAACAACCCCAAUCACAACAACAGAGGCCAUGGCAAUAACCACCCCCAUCACAACAACAGACGCUAUGGCAACAACAACCCCAAUCACAACAACAGACGCUAUGGCAACAACAACCCCAAUCGCAACAACAGAGGCCAUGGCAACAACCACCCCCAUCACAACAACAGAGGCCAUGGCAACAACCACCCCCAUCACAACAACAGACGCUAUGGCAACAACCACCCCAAUCACAACAACAGAGGCCUAUGGCAACAACCACCCCAAUCACAACAACAGAGGCCAUGGCAACAACCACCCCAAUCACAACAACAGAGGCCUAUGGCAACAACCACCCCCAUCACAACAACAGAGGCCAUGGCAACAACCACCCCCAUCACAACAACAGAGGCCAUGGCAACAACCACCCCCAUCACAACAACAGAGGCCAUGGCAACAACCACCCCCAUCACAACAACAGAGGCCAUGGCAACAACCACCCAAAUCACAACAACAGAGGCCAUGGCAACAACCACCCAAAUCACAACAACAGACGCUAUGGCAACAACCACCCCCAUCACAACAACAGAGGCCAUGGCAACAACCACCCCCAUCACAACAACAGACGCCAUGGCAACAACCACCCCAAUCACAACAACAGAGGCCAUGGCAACAACCACCCAAAUCACAACAACAGAGGCCAUGGCAACAACCACCCAAAUCACAACAACAGAGGCCAUGGCAACAACCACCCCCAUCACAACAACAGAGGCCAUGGCAACAACCACCCCCAUCACAACAACAGACGCUAUGGCAACAACCACCCAAAUCACAACAACAGAGGCCAUGGCAACAACCACCCCCAUCACAACAACAGAGGCCAUGGCAACAACCACCCCCAUCACAACAACGGACGCUAUGGCAACAGAUGCCACAGCAACAGGCACACCCAUAGCCACGACAACAGAUGCCACAGCAACAGGCACACCCAUAGCCACGGCAACAGAUGCCACAGCAACAGGCACACCCAUAGCCACGGCAACAGAUGCCACAGCAACAGGCACACCCAUACCCACGGCAACAGAUGCCACGGCAACAGGCACACCCAUACCCACGGCAACAGAUGCCACGGUAACAGCGACGACGGCGACCGAGCCUCCGCCUCCUGCCUCCGCCGCCCGCCGCACAGGUAGGGAUCCCGCGCUCGCGGAAGGGCGCCAGGGCGUGGCGUCUCCCGAGCUGCGACGAAACUCGGGCAAGAGGACUUUCGAGCAGCCAAGGGGCCCAGCUCUUCUGCAGGUCGGUUCACCUACAGGUCAGCUCUCUUAUAGGUCAGUUCACCCACAGGUCAUCUCUUCUGCGGUUCAGAUCACCUACAGGUCAGCUCUCCUGCGGGUCAGUUCACCAACAGUGCCAUCCUUGCCUGCCUGGACGCCCUUCGUGGUCAGCGGGGAUUCGGGCGCUCCUCCAUUCCCCUGGGAGGCCAUCGCAAAGCCACGUGAACCAAGAAAGUGA